AUGAGGCCAUAUCCUGGCAACCAAGAUAUAAGUAAUGAAGAAAAGAAAAUUUUUAAUUAUCGUCUAAGGAGAGCUCGUCGUGUCUGCAAAAAUGCUUUCGGUAUACUGGCAAGAAGGUUUAGAAUAUAUCAAAGACGGUUGUCCUUGACUCCUGAACAUGUAAACAUUGUAGUAGCAGCAACAGUUGCUUUACAUAACUUUUUGAGAAAUAGCAAGACUUAUUGCUCAGAAGAAGAUUUGAGAGAAAAUGUGAAUCACGGUUUAGUAGAUUUAUUUCAAAUCGGGGGUAAUGCGUCCCAAGCCGUAUUCGAAAUUCGAGAAAAAUUCAAAACAUAUUUUUUGUCUAAUGCAGGCUCAGUUCCAUGGCAAACAAAUAUUGUGAGGAGAGGAUUCCAGCAUCACAGUUUGUAA